AUUUUGCUUUUUAUGUCAUUUUGCUUUUCAGGCCUGCACUCUUUCUUACUUUCUGGAACGCUUCAUUGAAGAAGAGGCCAGGAUGAUUCCCGACAACAAGCAGACUCUUCUCACCUUGGUGUUGGUGUUGCUACCAUGUGCACAGUCGUUCCUUGCCUCCACUCCAGCAAACCGCAAAUCUUCUCAUCAACGAAAAUGGCGCUGCCCAACCCAUCUCGAAAGCGCAGUGAUGCCUACUUCCACCAACGCCUAUUCUUACCGUGCACCAGCCACCGCCACUACAAAGAAGAACCCUCGCUACCCUGACUAUCCUUUGGACAAGUAUAUGUCCAAUCCCUACUUUCAGCUCAUCAAUGCAGCUUACCCAGGCCUGCAACUCAUUCAGGAAGAACCUUUCAUCUUCAUCAUUAAUGAUUUCCUGACGCCUGAGGAAUGCCGCCGCUUGCGAGCCAAGGCCGACGAGGGCACACUGCGCCCGCAAAUUGGUGGUGGAUCGGUCUUGAGAACUUCCUCUGGUGUGGUGUGCACCCCAGAGGAAGUGCCCAGCAUUCAAGACAAAAUGAUGGCCCUGACAGGUGUCCAAGACCGCAAUCAACUGCAAUACCUAAAGGUAUCCAAGUAUCAGCCAGGGCAAACCUUUAGCAAGCACACGGAUGCCUGGCCGACAGAGGGGGCUCCCAUAAGUCGAGGAUGGGUCCACGAAGAGGACUUUUUUGGAGACGAGCGACGACGUUUUGUGGGAUGCUUGCCUGCUUUGGAACAACCUAACCACAAUACGUUGCUCACCUGCUUUGUGUACUUGAACGAUGUGGAGCAAGGAGGCUGCACUUGCUUUCCCAACAUUGGGAUCCAUACCGGGCGCUAUGGCAGCAACUUUUACACUCAUCCAUCUCCCAUGGACAGCCGCCAACGACCCGACGGCAGUGCCUGGGACUGGAACUAUCGCAACAACCCGGAACCGCUGAGGGUUGCGCCCCAGGAGGGAAUGGCAGUGCUUCACUUUUGCAGUUUGCUUCCUGAAUAUGGAGGCAUCACCGACGGCAACACCUUCCACAUUGCCGAACCACCCGCAGAGGGACAGGACAAGUACAUUUCUCAGCAAUUCGUUUCAUCCUGCACUUCCUGGAUGUUGCCUGAGGACAGCAUGCCGCUUGGCCGAGUUUCCUGGGACACAAUCUAGCUAGCUUUGAAGCUACCACUGCCUAGAACACAACAACGUCGCGUCACUGUAAGGUAAAGACGAGAGGUGCGAGAGAUUGCAAGAGAGGCGUGCCGUAGCAAUCGCGCAGAGCAACGGCUUCGGAGUACCAGCGGCAUCACUAAGUCUCGGGAAGUCGAAGCUUGCGUACGACUGUGCAUGAAAUUGGAUCAAAUCGAAAAAAGGGGGACCGCAAAGUGCGAAGCUUCUCCUCCAGACAAUAGACGGGCUUGAAAUGCGGGUAGUCGCGAGGAAAUUUGCCAAGUCUAGAUAGCUAGUUUUAACGUACGCUUCCAGGCAUUUUGUCCUUCUUUGCUCCUCCCUGCCUAUUGCAGUAACGCCGCGAUGGACCUUCAUUGUUGCACC